UGAACAUCUUGGGCGCUCCCAGACUCUAAACUCGGGCGGAUAAAGAGCACAGCUAGGCUAGUCUCGCUAAAGGCGAUGUUUACGGUCAGUGGGAUGGUUUCGGUGGGACAGGGUUAGCAGAUCGCAGCGGCUGUGUUGUUUUUUUAUCUCUAUAGAUUACGAUUUAGGCAGAAAUGGCGAAGUACGAGGUGUUUCAGAGCGAGACCGCGCUAAUCAUGAGUCUGCUGACCGAGGCGGCCCACGCUGAGAUCUGCGCGCUGUUCGGCUGUCAGGCGGAUUGGCCCGGGGAGCGCGGAGAUCCGCGGAGCGCGGGGGAGACUGAGGCUGAUCUCCGGACUGUACAACUCCGUGCUGUACUGGAGCUUCAAGCAAAGGAAGCAGUACGAAAAAUAUGCAGACUGUUUAAGUUCUGCAGUGUGGUGAAAGUGUCAAAAGCAGCAAAUCCUGACAGUGCUUUUGAGGCACUGCCAAUCGCAGGGCGUCUGAUGUUUCAGCAACCAAGGCUGGCAGCUGGUCCCUCUGAGAAUGCUCAAACAGGAGAGUCUGGAGUAUCUGCUACGGUAUCAGGGAAUGUACAGAAAAAGCAGGUUCUUUCUGCAUUACCAGAGAAAGCUCCUUCAAAGCUGGCAGCCAUACAAGUUGAUCAGAGCUUUGCCGCAGAGGAUGAUGACGGCGCUGGUUUUUUGGAAGAUGAUGUGGAAAAUCAGACAGUUGAAGGUGCAUCCACAGCUGCAAAUGCUGUAAAUGAUCAAACUCAAUCAGCUGAGCAAACUAACACCCAAGAAGAAAUGUCUACAGACAAGCAGACAUAUGAAUGCGAGAAAUGUGGAAAGACGUUUGUAAAGUGGCACAAUCUUGUGCAGCACAAGCGAAGACAUGCAGAACCAGCCCCUUACUCCUGUGAGAAAUGUGGAAAGAAGUACACAUUUCAGAAAGCUCUAGAAAGUCACCAGUUGACAGGUUGUGAAAAGAAAAAGGAGCUGCGUCCCUGCCAAACAUGCGGCAAGAGCUUCGUUGACCUGGAGAGUCAUGAACGCAUCCAUUUGCAAGUGAAGCCAUUCCUUUGCGGCGUAUGUGGAAGAGGCUUCACUCUAGAGUACGUCCUGAAGGCACACCAGCGGCUCCAUACAGGCGAGAAGCCGUACCAGUGCGAAUUAUGUGGCAAGCGCUUCACUCAGUCGAGCACGCUUUUAAUCCACAAGGGGACACAUACGGAUGAAAAGCCAUGGAGUUGCGAGCUCUGUGACAAGACCUUUAAACGGCGGGCCAAUUUGAGGAAGCACCAGGUAGUUCACUCUGGAGAGAAGCCCCAUACAUGCGAUACCUGCGGGCAAAAGUUUAGACACAGGGAGAAUCUGAAAAGGCACAUGCGUAAUCACCUGGGCAUAAGGCCGUACAAGUGCAAGACGUGCGGCAAGCGCUACAGUCAGAAGAGCUCGUUGAAGGAGCACAUGCCAGUGCACGGAGCGUCCAAGCCUUUCAUGUGUGAGAAAUGUGGCAAGACUUUUGUGUACAACUACACACUCAGAAAUCACAUGCGAACACACGAGGGUUCUGUCGAAGAGUCUGGAGCUGAGAAGAACCCCCAGCGCUGCGAUGUCUGCGGCAAGUGCUACAGCACCACUUAUACUCUGAAAAUGCACCAGAGGAUUCAUUCUGAAAGUGAUCCUCUCACCUGUAAGGUAUGCGGCAAGACCUUCAGCAGCACAGCAGGCCUUUACACACACGAGCAGCAGCACUCUGGGCUGAAUGCGUCCGAAUGUGUAAUAUGCAAAAAGACAUUUGUCAACAAAGCCUAUCUGAAAGUGCAUAUGCUCCUGCACAAUAAUGAGAAACCCUACAAAUGUUCCAUUUGUCCAAAGGCCUUCAACCUGGCCAACGGACUGAAGAUGCACAUGCUCAUUCACACCGGGGAGAAACCACACAAGUGCGACAUAUGUGGAAUGUCCUUCCGCACCGCUGGAAACUUACGCAGACACAAGCGCGUUCACACCGGAGAGAAGCCGUUCAGCUGUGAAAUCUGCGGUAAAAGCUUCAGCCAGCCUAAUAAUGUGAGGGCCCACAUGCAGAUUCACACUGGAGUCAAACCGUACAGCUGUCAGAAGUGUGGGAAGAAGUAUGCUUAUCUUAGGAAUUACAACGAUCACAAAUGUAUGUGAUGCAGUGCCUAGCCUAAGCCAUUUAAUAUGGUCUUGCUGUUUAAUGGGCUUUGAAUGGUUUUUUUUAAUUGGCUUUCUUUCUAGUGUUACGAUUUAAACACUUGAAAUAUGACAGACCUUGUAGUUAUUUGACAAAUGUUAUUUAGCCACAGCAGACUGUUCAAAACCGUGUACAGAAUCAGGAUGAAUAAAUUUUCUCAUAUAAAAAAAA